GAUGAACUUCGUGAGGUCAUGGAAAAGCUGCAGAUUUUACCGAAGCAUCGUGAGAAGCUGCGAGCGGCUCUUUCGUUUCCUCCUAGGGCUCCAGGCCGGCCACUUCGGUCUUCAGUGUCAUAUGACAACAUCGUCCUUUCGUGGGACCCUCCCGAGCCCUCGGGCUAUCCUGUCAUCGAGUAUGUUGUGCAGUUCAGCAUCAAGGAAGGGGAGAGCGAAGUGCGGGACUGGAAGGAAGUUCGAUGCGGCAUCACUUCGUGCAAAGUAGAAAAUCUCCUGGCAUCUACCGAUUACUUCUUCCGUGUGGCUGCCUGCAAUGAGCCCCAGGGACAAGGGACGUGGAGCCAAGAAGCUCUUUACCGUACGAGUGACGUAGACUGCGAGGACGAGCAGCUGCUGGAGUUCAUGCGAGAAGCCUUGAACACCAAGGAGUACGCAGACCGAGUGGCAGCUCAACUCUACCACGAGCAGUGGACGCUUGCAGCACUGCAGGCGCUCGCUUGUGAGAAACUCGAUGACAUUUUAAGGCGAAUGCGGGUCAAGGAAGGAGCAGUCCACGCGAUUUUACAGAAGCUGAAGAAGGAGUAGAAGGAGAAGCAGGACGCGGUCGGGGGGUUUCAGCGAAUGCGGAUGCUCAUUGAUGUAAAUUUCGGUUCUCUUGUUGUGUUAACGUAGUCACGCUUUUGCCUCUUCUGAUCUUCUCGGCUCUCUCGUUGGAAUUGAAAUGAAAAUCUUAUUUUUCCC